AUAUUUACAAGGUAUAGCAAUGACAACCGUAAAAUGUGAAGUCGGAUUUUAAAUAGUGAAACAUAGCGCCGCCAUAUAAUGCUGUUUUGUCAGAAUAGUAACGUUUUGUCGGUGAACAACGUGAAGCAGUGUGGUUCAUUGCUGCACACUGUCUCGCCGCAAAUUAGCACACUGCUGUGUUGAAGUGGUUAAACUAUUGUGAAACUGAAGGAACAGCCGGUGAGUUGGCUGAUUGAAGAUGGACUCCUGUGGAUCCUGGGCCAUGGAUAAAGAGUUGAUACCUUUGGACUGCCUGCUGCCCUCAGGCACUCUGAGGAUUUGUCUGCUCAUUCUGAACCAGCCUCUGGAUAAGGACUACCUAGACAUCCUCUGGAGUAAAGCUCUCUUGAGGGCAUGUGCUGAUGGAGCUGCCAAUCACCUUUAUGAGAUGACUGCUACAGAUUGUGACAGCUUUCUCCCUGACUAUAUCAGCGGGGAUUUUGAUUCCAUUACUGCUGAGGUCAAAGCUUUCUAUACAGGCAAGGGGUGCAAGCUGAUAGAAACAGAUGACCAGGAUCUAACAGACUUCACCAAGUGUCUUGCAAUCAUGUUGAAGGAGAUUGAGAGACGACAGUUGCAGGUGGAUGCCAUUGUGACUCUGGGCGGUCUUGCAGACAGAUUUGACCAGACCAUGGCAUCUGUCGAGACACUCCACCACGCUCUGUCCAUGACACAGCUGCCUGUGUUGAUCAUACAGGGGACCAGCCUAGUAUAUCUACUCAGACCUGGCAGCCACAGACUGGAAGUGAACACGGGCCUGGAGGGGGAUUGGUGCAGUCUCAUUCCAGUAGGUGGACCAUGCCAAACAACCACCACUGGACUCAAGUGGAACCUGAAUAACCAGGUCCUGCAGUUUGGGAAGCUGGUGAGCACCUCCAACACCUAUGAGCAUGUAGACCCCGGUAAACCCAAGAAGCCUGUAACUGUGAUCACAGACCAGCCACUUCUCUGGAGCAUGGGCAUUCGUAAGAAUAGGGGAUAAAGCAGAAAAGAUUCUUCUUCUCAGUUAAUAUUUCUCUAAUCGCACAUGGAAUGAAACUUUUUCUGCAGAUGAGCUAAAGCAAAAUCACUAGUUUUGUUUUAGUUUGGUUUGUGUAGCAUGUAGUCAAAAAUGAAGGAGCUUGAUGCACUCUUACAUGUGACAAAAAUCUCACUUUUUUUAUUAUUGUAUUGUGUGAUAUCAUGAUCAACUUGACUUGGUCAACAUGGAACACAGGAAAAUUCAAAACUGGCCAAAAGAACUGACUACUAGUUUUAGUUUUUAUAUCAUAGUGGCCAUCCUUGUCAAUAGUGUGUCUAUUUAUACUGUAUUCUUAUAACAUGCCUUGUGUUUCUUCACUGUACAGGUAUUGGCUCAAAAUGAACUCCUGCUUAUGAAUAUGCACUUUGUGACCAGAAUCCAAGCCUUAACCAUGCUAACAUCUGGUUCCUUUCAUUGAAAAAAAACAAACUUUAUAGUUAGGACUGAAAUAACAUUUCAGAGAAUUACAGUCAAGAGGCAUCACCGUACCCAUAUUACAAUUUCCUUUUGAAAAUGAUUCAUGUAUCUGCUCUGCAUUACAGCCAACAGUAUGUGCCUUUGACAUCCUCCUGUUCCACUGUCACCUUGUUAUUUGCAAUAUCUGUUAAGUGUUAUGGAACAUCCAAUAAAAAGUAUCUGCACCUUU